AUGAAGCAACGCACCUCAAGUACUAUAGGAACGUAUGAUAUUCUCAACACCGAUUUAUUUAAGCCAGAGAGCUGGGCUCCUGAUUCCAUCGACGCUACUGUCGAGGUGCUCGAGGGCAUCUUGGAUGGGAAGACUAUCGAGCCCUGCAUGGAAGCACUUCUUUCCGUUCCUCCGCUCUUGCAUCUCUUCAUGUCGGCUGUUAAUGACAAACUAUACUCAUCUCUUCGUGGGAUGCUCCUGGAUCAAUUCCCAACUCAUAGUCAAGGCUUCGAAGACUCCCUCUCUUGGAAAUUUGUAUCGACACUGUCUCUAUCUCUAGUCUUUAUCCCAUAUCCUAGCCGGGACGAUACCCCAAUUGACCUUCCACAAUGUCGGCGCGCAGUGGAACUGGCAGGGUCGAUUCUCGCUGCCCUGCAGACCCUAAACUUCGUCGACAACGCCGAAGAGGAAGAGACUAAUCCUGACUUCCAGACCAACAGGUUUGUCAGGGUAAAACCGAAGACUCAACGGCAGCAGAAGAAGACCCGGCAAAUAAACAGAGGACCCGUCGAUCCUACGCCGUUCAAUAAUCUGGGUGUCGCUGUCCCUGCGUCGCCACAGCUCGCCGACAAGCUCGCUGCGGAUAUCUUUCAUGACCUGAAGGGCCUUCUACAGUACUAUCUCAAUGUACUUCGACGUCCAUCGCUACGCGAACACCUGAAGAGCAUCGGGGUGCCAGGUGCACCAGCUCAGCUGCAGUCGGCGUCGACGAGUCCGGUUAUGAAUACCGAGGUAGCUAAUGCUGAAAUAGCUAGUGACGAUGAUGCGCCCGCAUACCCUAUCAUACAACCUAUGAAAGCGGCGCUCUACUUUGAAAGUGCCAAAGGUCUCGGCGACUGGCACAUCCUUAUCUCGACGCGAGCCAACGCGGAUAUCCGGGAGGCACGCAGAAAGGAUUCAAAGACCUUUCGUAUUAUCAUCAAGAAAAUCAAGGAGCUGUCCAACGGCCAUUUCUCCGGCGAUAACCAGAAGAGGCUUACAGGUCCCAAUCUGCAAGUGCCUAUCUAUGAAGCGAAGAUGUCCAGGGAUCUGCGACUGGUGUACCAAAUUGACUGCAUUCCCGAGUUCGACAGUGAUGUGGAGCGGCAAGUUAUCAAGGUAUUUGGUGUAUAUACGCACGCACAAAUGGACGACAGGCUUUGGGAUUAUGUCGGUCACCAGCUUUCAAGCAGAGGUCGAGAGUACAGGCGCAGAUGUGCUUUUCGCAAUCGCCCUGCUGUGACUGGGGACAACGUGUAUACACCUGCCUCAUUCCCUCCGCAAGAGAUGCUACCACAAGCUCAAGAGGAGCCGACUUACCGCAUACCAUGCGAGUACUUACAGGAGAUUCAUUCCCUUCUUGUCUUGGAGAAAUUUGUCACGCUAUCACAGGCUCUUCUCAAUAGUAUACUGGCCGAUCGAGACGUCGCUCACGUCUUCGCAGUGUCACCGCAGGAGCGGGAGGUAAUAGAACAUCCUUCUUCUUGUUAUGUGAUCGGAAGAAGUGGAACCGGCAAAACCACGACCAUGUUGUUCAAGAUGCUUGGUAUACAGAGGUCGUGGGAGCUGAGCAGCACUUCGUUGCCCAAACCUCGCCAGAUCUUUGUAACGCGGUCGCGCGUGUUGGCAGGCAGAGUGGAAGAAUACUUUUCCAAGUUAAUGAAGUCACUCGCUAUGGCCUCUCAGACGUCUCGUCAGCUACUGGAGCUCCCAGAAUCCGAUCCAGCGGACCAGGAGAACCCUCUGGUGGAUCCGGACGAAGAGGACGAGUGGAGAUCGGACCUGCCGAAGCGAUUUAGUCUGCUUGGGGAUGACCACUUUCCGCUUUUUCUAUCCUUCGAUCAGCUUUGCAGGAUGCUCGAGGAAGACGUAGGUUCUUUCCUUCCCGCUCCCAUUAACGAGGAUCGGGGGCGUGCCAGUGCCGGACGGCGGAAGAGUCUCAGUAUUCAAACUCGGAACACGCCAGUAACAUACGAAGUCUUCUUGGAAUCAUACUGGCCUCACUUGCCUGCAUUUCUGACUAAGGGUCUCGAUCCUUCGCUUGUCUUCAGUGAGAUCAUGGGCGUAAUCAAAGGGUCUGAACAUACCCUCCACCAAUCUGCAUCUUGUCUCGACCGGCAGUCGUAUUUGUCGUUGAGUCGCCGCUGCCAUUCAACCUUCGCGAGUCAGCGGGAUCGGGUCUACAGGCUCUUCGAGUCGUACCAGAAGCGAAGGCAGGAAAGGAGACAGACGGACACGGUAGACAGGACGCACCACUUGCUGCGCUCGCUCGGGCAGAACGAGUUGCUGCUUGCCCAACAAGUCGAUUUUUUAUAUGUGGAUGAAGUGCAAGAUAAUCACUUGAUCGAUGCGUACUUGCUAAGGUCGCUAUGCAAGAAUCCUCAUGGGUUAUUUUGGGCUGGCGACUCUGCCCAAACCAUCUCAGUCGGAAGCUCAUUUAGAUUCGAUGACCUGAAGGCGUUCUUGUGGAGGGUUGAGCAGAUGAAUACAGUUUUAUCCGCUGAUCGCCAGGGACAGACACAACCUCGAACGUUCCAACUUACUACGAACUACCGCUCGCACGGGGGCAUCGUGCGAUGUGCCCAUUCCAUCGUGACUCUUUUGACUAGCUUCUGGCCAUACAGCAUCGAUGCCAUGGAUGAAGAGAAAGGCGUCGUGGAUGGCCUGAAACCUGUGUUCUUCGGCAGCUGGGCGAAGGACACCUUGCGAUACGAGCAAUUCCUUUUCGGCGACUCGAAAUCCCGAAUAGAGUUCGGAGCGCGCCAGUGUAUACUCGUCCGUAACGAGGCUGCCCGGGAAGCGUUGCGAGCGCAAGUGGGGGAGAUUGGAUUAAUUCUGACCCUGUACGAGAGUAAGGGCUUAGAAUUCGACGAUGUCCUCUUGUACAAAUUCUUCGACGACUCUGCAUUGGAUGUUUCCCAAUGGCGCUUGGUCCUCAACGGUGCCUCAGCUCGGCAUGCCAUACCCGUCAGUGCUCCAUUGUUCGACGAAGUCAAACAUGCUGGUGUCUGCAGUGAAUUGAAGUUCCUAUAUGUGGCCAUUACUCGAGCUCGAAAUAACCUGUGGAUAUUCGAUCCGUCACUCAAGGCUGAACCAAUGAAAGUCUUCUGGAAUAGCCACGACUUAAUAGAGAUCUAUUCAGCGGAUAUGCACUUGCCUCAGCUUGCAGUAGCUUCGACACCAGAAGAGUGGUCUAAAUCUGGCAGAAGUCUCUUCGAGAAUAAGCGAUAUUUCCAGGCUAUGCACUGCUUCAAGAGAGCUGGUAUGGUGCGAGAGACCGCUGUCGCUCACGCAUUUUAUCUGCGCGAUCAAGCACGGUCCGAGAGUGCAUCUCGGCGCCAUGGGGCCUUUAACGAAGCUGCUGAAGCUUUUGUCUACGUAGCGGAGGCAGCCGGCAAGGAUGCGACCAAGCAUGCCUACUACAAGAUUGCUGCUCAUUGCUAUCUGCAAGGGGAUGACGUAGAAAAGGCAGCACAGGCAUUUCUCAGCGCGAAGGAGUACACCUCCGCUGCGCAAGGAUUCAGGCAGGCUGGGAUGUUCAACGAGGCCGUCGCCAUCAUACAAAACCAUCGUAUUGAGAAUCAAGCGUAUCAACGAAUUCUUCAUGCUGCCCGCCUGUACUAUUUCCAGAGGCGAAACCACGAGGAAGCCGUGAAGCUCUUUCCUAGUUCGGACGAAAGCCUGGAUUUCAUGGAGAACUAUGGGUUCGACGAUGCCCGUGCCAGUCUCCUUGAAAGGAUGGGGAGAUAUGCCGAAGCUGCUGAGCUACAUCUCUCUGAAGGUCGUGUCGCUGAUGCAAUUGGAACGUUCCUCCGUGAACGAACGGAUGAAAGGGCUGCGCACCGCGCGAAGCAGUGCUUGGUAGACUGCCUGUGGCAGAACUUGUCGUUCGGGCGCUCCAAUGAGACUGAACAUUCUGUCGCUAUUCCGACGAAGAUGCUCUUGCAGUGGGCCAUGCAGAUUGAUCCCGCGGUCGUUCGGCGCACUAACCGCGACGAGGUGAGCGUAAUCUUCCACUAUGGUGCCUACUGCUGCAAUUCUCCCCAGAUAUAUAUGUUCAAAACUAUCGUGAGCGGAGACAAGGCGAAGUUACAGCAACUGGGGCAAAGACUUCACUCUGACAACGACAAAGCGUCGGCAUUACUAUGCUUCAACCAUGCAUUCGUGUCGCCCACAGAGCUUCGUAACGCCUCCGCACCGGACGUCGCCCAAAUGUUGCAGAACUUCUUGAUCUAUGUCCACUUGAUCCGGGAAUUUGCUCUUCAUCCUGAUCCCGUCGGAUGUGUAUCCAUCAAGAGGCUCUUCGGUUUCCUUACUCCGAGUAAGCAGGAGGUCUUCAUGCCGACUGGGACCUUCCUGCAUCGGUCUCCCGACACCCGGUCCGCGCAAUUCGCUAGCUUGCUGGCGGCUGCCAACCUUGCUUUUGCCAUAGACGGCCAGAGCGCUCGGGAGUAUGUCGUCCGUUCACCCUACGUUGCUUCAUUCCGAUCGCUCGCAGGAGAAGCCCCGGAAUAUUACGCCUCCCUGAUCCACCUCCUCCACUUCUUAGACGGCAGCCAUGCGCAUUCACUUUCUACUGGUGUCUUCUUCGUCCGUCAUAUACUUCUAGCCUCCAUACCCAUAGACGUCAAUGUUCUGUUCAACUUGACAGAACGUCUUUGCGGCUCGCUGGUCCUAUGCCGAAAUUAUCAGCGCAGCGGGACUUUCCACGGCAUCUGCCUGCCGCGGAAUUGGAUCUUGGAGCUCUCUAGCUCGCUAGAGACAUUGUGCUCGAAGGACGCGAGUCAUUUAUUAACCUUUGUGAAGGCCAUGACAGACCUUCUCAUGGACUGUGCCGUGAACUCUAGAUCGGCUCUCCUGUUUGAGGGUCGGAGUAUAUCGAAACUUGGGAUGCCAAUGCGAGGAGCUCUGGUCGCCAGACUAUGUAUUUGUUUACUCGGUGACAAUCUACUGGACUGGAACGUGCGGGACCAGAUCCAUCAAACGAUUUGCUCUAUGCGCAGACUGAAUCCUCAAUUGCUGGCCCUUUGCAAUAAGUAUGUGAUUGCCCGCAGUUGGUCUGACCUUGCUUUAGCACUUCGAUACCCGUCGAGAGCGGGAGCCACGGGGCAGGAUGAGUUGAUCCAGAUGCAUGACUUGAAAAAGGUGUCAAUCGUUCCUAGAGAUCCUUCGAAUGUCCGCCGGGUGCCCUUCAAGACAAUCAAGGACAUCCCCUAUCUCAUUACAGUUGGUUCUCACUCCAAAAAGGCGCGGACUUCUGGAGUCUCCCUGGAUACUACUGGUACAUCUGACCAAGAACUGAGUCUUUCGCUGCCAAGAGAAGACAUCCAACCCGACCACAUAGAGGAGAGUGCGGAAGACCAUAUUGGGACUGACAGCGCUGUCCCUGUACUGCUUCAUUCCGAGGAACAAAUGCGAGCUGCACAGAUUAUUCAAUCAAGCUACCGACGGUUCCAACGGCGCCAACGAUCGAGGUCUCACCCUGGGCUGCAAGGGAUACGGCUACGGUUCUGGGAAGAAUGCUGCAAGUAUUCGGAGAGUAUACCGGAAACAAACAGACGCUAUCGUCAUCUAUAUCUUGGCCCACUAGUGCACAUCCUAGUUUGCUUGGAGCUCGUACACUCGUUUGCUAGCAUAUCCAAGGAAAAGGCGAAGAAAAAGUGGAAGGAGGCUCAACACGAAGAUCUGGAAGACGCUGGCGAACUCCUCACUAAGAUCAACAAGCUUCUCAAAGAAGCUAUCGGUCUACAGAAGCUAUUACAGCCUAGUUCAGGCUUCCACAACGCUCGGGAUUCCAACAACCUAGCAGCGCAGGCGUCGAAAUUAGAUCGACUUGUACAUGAUAUUGCCCUCCUUCCGUCGAACAUCACGCAUCAGAUACGGCUGGACCUAGAACUGGGACUGAAGGGUUUCGCGCAGGCGAAACAUCAGCCGAAGAAACCUCUUCCGAGGUUGCAAGACGACGACUCUGAGACCUGCGACUAAACUGGUUCUUCUAUGGCUGUCUACAUCCACGUCUAGAGGCCAUAUUGCAUCUUCAAGAUAGGAAUGC